UAUGAAUAGGUCACAUACGGGUGCCAUGAUAUCAGAUGCAAUGAAAGUGUGUCUUCAAGAAAUGGGGAUUAUCUCAAAACUAGUUGCGAUUACGCACGACAAUGCAUCAUCAAACAAUAAGUUUCUGCAAGAAUUUGCAUGUUCUUUAUUACAAACUGGCAUCUAG